AUGGGCCGCCAUUCGAAGCACAAUACGGCCUCGGGCCACUUUACCUAUGCCGAGUACCAGAUGCUCGCCGACCGGUGGGGCACGCAGCGCCAGAGGCUGGGUUCCGAGUCGGUGCGCCGCUUCGACUGCUGCUCGCUCUGCCUCCAGACGGCGCGCGAUCCUGUAUGCUGCAGCGAGGGUCACGUCUUUUGCAAGGAAUGCAUACUCCAAGAUCUGCUGACGCAAAAAGCAUCGAUCGAGCGGUUCAAAGCCGAGCUCGAGAGGUGGGAGAGGGAGGAAGAGGCAGAGAGGCAGAUGCAGGCGCAGCAGGCGAGAGAGCGGGUGUCGCGGGACUUUGAACAGCGCUACGACGCCCUCGCCACCUCGGCCUCGCGCUCGGCAGCCGCAGCUGCGAGGACCAACGGCGACGACGACGGAGCGGAGCGGGACGGACAGACGGCAGGGGUUUCGAAUCCGCUCAAGCGCAAGGCAAUCAGCAGCGGACCGACGGGCGAGGCCGCGGGGCCCACGACGCUGUCGGAGCGCAUGGCGGCCCAGGCCCGCGAGGCCGAACGCGCCGCCAUCGCCAAGAUCGCCGCCGAGCAGGCCCAGGCGCGCAAGGCCAAGCUGCCGGCCUUCUGGCUGCCCUCGCUCACCCCGACCGAGGCAGAGGCGCCGCCAAAGGUGCUGCGCGACAAGCUCAAGCCGCUCUGCAAGGCCGAAAACGAAAAGGGCCACCGCAUAACCAUGAAGACGCUCCACCCGGUCAGGUUUCCGACGCUGGACAGCGAGACAAAGGUGUGCGCCGGGUGCAAGAAGGUGCUCACCACCUCGUCGAUCCUCUUUGCGCUCAAGCAGUGCGGACACGUCCACUGCACGACGUGCGUCUCGACGCUGCUCGUCCCCUCUGCCCAUCCGGCGUGCGUCGAGUGCGAUACGCCGCUCAAGCUCGAAAAGCCCGAGGCCCCGUCGUCGGCGUCGUCAAAGGCCGACGACACCCCUUCGGCCGCCGCGGCGACGACGACGACGACGACGACGACAAAGAGGAUCCGGCAGGGGGAACUGAUCCAGCUCCAGCGCGAGGGGACCGGCUACGCUGCCGGCGGCAUCAGCGUCGUCGAGAAAAAGGGCACCGCCUUCCAGGGAUGA